AUGCAGUGCCUCGGAGCGGAGCACCUGGAUUCCGCAGAAAGAAUCCCCACGCAAAGACAGUGGCGACCUCAGAUAUAUAGGAAAUGCACAGAUACGGCAUGGUUGUUCCUGUUCUUUCUCUUCUGGACUGGUUUGGCGUUCAUCAUGGGCUACUCAGUGGCGGCUGGAGCCACAGGAAGACUCCUCUUCGGCUACGACAGCUUUGGGAACGUGUGUGGCAAGAAGAACUCCCCCAUAGAAGGGGCUCCUCUUUCAGGGCAGGAUAUGACUCAAAAAAAACACGUGUUUUUUAUGAAUUCCUGCAACCUGGAAGUCAAGGAUGUGAGGCUCAGUUCCACCGUUCUCUGUGUAUCCAGUUGUCCUGAAGAGCAGCUUGAUACCCUGGAAGAGGUCCAGCUCUUUGCAAACACCAGUGGAUCCUUCCUGUGUGUUUAUAAUUUGAAUUCCUUCAACUACACCCAGAUUCCAAAUGCGGACUUGCUGUGCCCCAGGCUACCAGUUCCCCCAAGCAAGUCUUUUCCCUUGUUUAAUCGAUGCAUCCCUCAAACUCCUGAGUGUUAUUCUCUGUUUGCGUCUGUUCUGAUCAAUGAUGCGGACUCCCUCCAUCGAAUUCUAAGUGGAAUAAUGUCAGGAAGAGACACAGUCCUCGGCCUCUGUAUCCUCGCCUUUGCCUUAUCUUUGGCCAUGAUGUUCACCUUCCGCUUCAUCACCACCCUUCUGGUUCACAUUUUCAUCGCACUGAUUGUUUUGGGAUUGUUGUUUGUCUGCGGUGUCUUAUGGUGGCUGUACUAUGACUAUACCGAUGACCUCAGCAUAGAACUGGACACAGAAAGGGAAAAUAUGAAGUGUCUGCUGGGAUUUGCUAUUGUAUCUACAGUGAUCACGGCAGUUCUGCUCAUCUUGAUUUAUGUCCUCAGAAAGAGGAUCAAAUUGACAGUUGAACUUCUCCAAGUCACGAAUAAAGCCAUCAGCAGCUCUCCCUUCCUGCUGUUGCAGCCACUGUGGACGUUUGCCAUCCUCAUUUUCUUCUGGGUCCUCUGGGUGGCUGUGCUCCUGAGCCUGGGGACUGCAGGAGCUGCACAGGUCAUUGAAGGUGGCCAAGUGGAAUAUAAGCCUCUUUCGGGCAUUCGGUAUAUGUGGUGGUACCAUUUAAUUGGCCUCAUCUGGACUAGUGAAUUCAUCCUUGCAUGCCAACAAAUGACUGUAGCUGGGACAGUGGUGACGUGUUAUUUUAACAGAAAUAAAAGUGACCCUCCUGAUCGCCCGAUCCUUUCAUCUCUCUCCAUUCUUUUCUGCUACCAUCAGGGAACAGUUGUCAAAGGGUCAUUUUUAAUCACUGCGGUGAGGAUUCCAAGAGCUGUUCUCAUGUACGUGUAUAACACUCUGAAAGAGAAGCAGGACGGUGCCUUGUCAAGGUGCGUGUCCCAGUGCUGCUGCUGCUGCUUCUGGUGUCUUGACAAGGGCUUGCACCAUCUCAACCAGAAUGCAUACACUACAACUGCCAUUAAUGGGACAGAUUUUUGUACAUCAGCAAAAGAUGCUCUCAAACUCUUAUCCAAGAAUUCAAGUCAUUUUACAUCUGUUAACUGCUUUGGAGACUUCAUAAUUUUUCUAGGAAAGGUGUUAGUGGUGUGUUUCACAGUUUUUGGAGGACUGAUGGCAUUUAACUACCACCGUGUGCUUCAGGUGUGGGCAAUCCCACUGCUCUUGGUUGCUUUUUUUGCCUACUUAGUAGCCCACAGUUUUUUAUCUGUGUUUGAAACUGUGCUGGAUGCACUUUUCCUGUGUUUUGCUGUUGAUCUGGAAACAAAUGAUGGAUCCUCAGAAAAGCCCUACUUUAUGGACCAAGAAUUUUUGGAUUUUGUAAAAAGGAUCAAUAAAUUAAACACAAGGGCACAGAGAAACAAGAACUCAUUAACAAGCGAAGAGGGAACAGAACUCCGGCCAUUGUGA